AUGGGAGGAGGAUAGUCAAAGGCUUAAAAAUUAUAAUCCUAACGAAGAGCCAACAAACCCCAAUUGCCAUAACAUUAGACCCCAGAAUAACAUUAUCAAUUCCUUAUUAGCGAACCUAUAAGCAGAUACCUUUGGAAUACUCAAUUUGAUUAUGAAACCCUCAUCUCAGAAAUCCUAUUCAGUAUUAGUAUCAAAAGAUAUAUGGAUUAUUUACAAUACUUUAAACCUCACAUUAGAUACAUAAAAAAAGCUGAAAAAUUAUACAAUGAUGUCACAUAAUGUUGCUUAUACGAAGCAAAAUUCAAUGACUAAGAUAAAAAGUUCAUGACCGGUGUCCUCAUUCUCUUCUUUAGCCUAUACCAUAUAUCUAAAUUCUAAGUAAUUUUUAGUUCAUCAGAGAAAAAGUGGUGGGAAGGUACUUAUUUUGAAUCACUUCAAAAACAUGUUGAGUUACCCCCCAAAGACAAUGAAACCUAUAUUUAAACAUUUGCUUUCUUUAUGUCUGAUUAUUUCUAAAACAGAUUUCAAGAGUUAAAACCAUAAAAUGAUAAUAAAAAAGUUGAUCUUGUAUCUGUAAGAGUAUUAGCUGAUUAUUAUUUGUAAUUCUUAUACAGUGAUUGUUUAUCUUACCUUACAGAUGCUGAUUAAUUUGUUAAAGAAUAUGCUCAAUCAAAGUAAGAAAAUUAUCAAACCUAAGGAAGAUUCAAAUUAGAAAGUAAUAUCAAAAUCAUUACUAAAUAAUAAAAAUAAUAACAAUAAUUAUUGUACUAAUAAUAGCUUCACAAUUCAAAAACUCCCUCAUAGUAGAUUGAAGAUAUGGAAAGGCAAUUUAAAUUCUUAUCUGAUCAUUCUAUGAUAGAAAAUGCGUUGAUCGAAGAGUAAAAUAAAGAGUAAAUACAAUAAGUACAAGAAACCCCAAAAUAAGAAUGA